AUGCCUAGAGAACGACGUGCGAACAUCGGCCGCCGCACAAGACAUGCAAGCCAGCAACAAGUCUAUUCAAGGAACUUAAGAGAAGAAAGACAAAAUAUAAUAAGAGAAAAUGACCGAUUGAGACAUCGCGUGAGCACACGAAGAUCAUUGGCAUCAUACAAUCGCUUGGCAUUCCAAUAUGAUUCCACUGCGAACUACAGUGAUGAUGAAAAUUUGGAUAUUGGACGAAUGACGACUAUAUGCCGAUAUUGCAAUGCGGUAAAGUUCAAAAGAGAAACGGUUGGAUUGUGCUGCGCAAGUGGAAAAGUCAAACUGGAUCCAUUACUUACACCACCACAGCCACUGAAAACAUUGUUUGAUGGAAGUGAUCCCGAUUCCAGCCAUUUUCUUCAACACAUCCUUGAAUACAAUAACUGCUUUCGCAUGACUUCCUUUGGAGCUAAUAUCAUUCGAGAAGGCGGCUUCAUGCCGACUUGCAAGAUACAAGGUCAAAUAUAUCAUUUGCAUGGUUCAAUGGUGCCAACACCAGAUGAACCGCAUCAAUUCCUGCAAAUAUAUUUCAUUUCGUCGAUGGUGGAUCAGCUGAACGUGCGGUGCAAUAUACAGGGAGCACAACAGUUACAGAGACGAAUUAUUGAACAGUUGCAAGCAUUUUUUCACGCUAAUAAUGCUGUGGUUAAUAUGUUCAAAACAGCAUUGGAACGAAUGCCAUCGGAUACGCACAAAUUUGUCAUAAGAGCGGAUUGUACUCCAACAGGUGAACAUGUGCGAAGAUUCAAUGCACCCACCGUUAAUGAUGUUGCUGCAAUUAUUGUUGGCGAUCCAACUAAAUCACGAGACAUUGUCGUUCAGCGAAGAAGCAAUAUCAUGCAUCGUGUAAACGAGACACAUCGAUUGUACGAUGCGUUACAAUAUCCAAUCAUUUAUUGGCAAGGGCAAGACGGAUACGACAUCACGUUGAAGAUGGUCGAUCCAAUUACAGGAGUAUCAACGAAUAAUAAAAAUCUAAGCGCAAUGAAUUACUAUGCGUAUCGUAUGAUGAUUCGUACACAUGAGGAGAAUGUCAUUCUGAAGUGCGGUCGGCUAUUCCAGCAAUUCGCUGUCGACAUGUAUGUCAAAGUCGAGACCGAACGUUUAGCGUUCAUCAGAUUCAAUCAGCCAAAGCUACGAUCUGAGGACUAUAUACACUUGCGUGAUGCUAUUCAUUCAGAUGGUGAUGUUCAGAAUAUUGGACGACUGACGAUUCUCCCAUCAACUUAUAUCGGAAGCCCACGCCACAUGCACGAAUACGCUCAAGACGCUAUGACGUACGUGCGAAAUUAUGGAACUCCGGAUUUAUUUAUUACGGUCACAUGCAAUCCGAAGUGGACGGAAAUUGAACGCGAGUUGGAACCGGGUCAAAAACCGCAAGAUCGCCAUGACAUAAUCGCCAGAGUAUUUCAGCAAAAACUCAAGGUUAUGAUGGAUGUGCUUACUAAGUAUCGAGUUUUUGGUGACACACGUUGUUAUAUGUACUCGGUGGAAUGGCAGAAGCGUGGACUACCGCAUGCUCAUAUCCUAAUUUGGUUGCUGAACAAAUUACAUUCAAAUGAAGUGGAUGACAUCAUAUCAGCUGAAAUUCCUGAUCCAGUCACUGAUCCCCGUCUACACGACAUUGUGACGACACAGAUGGUGCAUGGACCGUGCGGUGCAUUAAAUCCAUUAUCGCCUUGCAUGGCUGAUGGAAAGUGCACAAAACGAUAUCCGCGACCGUUAGUUGCUGAAACAGUCACAGGGAACGAUGGAUAUCCAGUUUAUCGUCGGCGUUCAAAAGAAGAUAACGGUCGAACUAUCAAAGUUAAAGUUCAAAAUCAAGAGAUUGAGAUCGGAAAUGAAUUCAUUGUACCAUAUUGCCCGCUGCUAUCACGAAUUUUCGAAACACAUGCAAACGUUGAGAGUUGUCAUUCGGCCAAAUCAAUCAAAUAUUUGUGCAAGUACGUCACAAAAGGCAGCGACAUGGCUGUGUUUGGUAUUGCGUCGGAAAAUGUGAAUGACGAAAUCAGCAACUUCCAAAUGGGCAGAUACGUCAGUACUAAUGAAGCACUGUGGCGAUUAUUGUCAUUUCAAAUUCAUGAAAGAUAUCCCACAGUUGUACAUUUAGCAGUGCAUUUGGAAAAUGGCCAAAGAGUUUACUUCACUGAGGCUAAUGCGGCACAACGAGCUGAGAGACCACCAUCGACAACAUUGACUAGCUUCUUUGCAAUGUGUGAAGCAGAUCCAUUCGCAGCGACGCUGAUGUACGUUGAAAUGCCCAAGUAUUACACUUGGAAUCAAUCAACAAAGAAAUUCCAACGUCGCAAACAAGGAACCCCAGUUCCAGACUGGCCACAGGUGUUUUCAACUGAUGCACUAGGUCGUAUGUACACUGUUCAUCCUAGAAACGAUGAAUGUUUUUAUUUGCGACUGCUGUUAGUAAAUGUACGUGGACCGAAAUCAUUUGCGCAUUUGAAAACUGUGAAUGGCCACCAAUGCCAAACAUAUCGAGAAGCAUGUCAACUAUUGGGUUUGCUGGAGAACGAUUCUCAUUGGGAUUUAACACUUGCAGAUUCAACCACAUGUUUUCCUUCACAACCAAUUCAGUUAUGGAACAAAUACAAAGACGCCAUAUGUGAAGAUAUCUUGCAUCGCUUGCGUAUUCAAACGAAUAAUCCUGACAUCCAAAUAACCGAUGAAAUCUACAAUGAAGGAUUGAUUCUGAUUGAGGAUCAAUGCUUGACUAUUGCAAACAAGCUACUGAUUGAAGUAGGAAUGAUUGCGCCAAAUCGAUCGAUGCACGAUGCAUUCAACCAAGAAUUAAAUCGAGAGCUGCAAUACAAUGUUGAUACAUUGCAGGAAUUCGUUAGAAAUAAUGUUCCGUUGCUGAAUGAACAGCAAAAACAAGUAUACAAAACAUUAAUGCAAGCGGUGGACAAUAAUACUGGUGGUCUAUUCUUCCUGGAUGCACCUGGAGGAACAGGGAAAACAUUUGUCAUUUCAUUGAUUUUGGCCACUAUUCGAUCAAGAUGUGACAUAGCUUUGGCGUUAGCAUCAUCUGGAAUUGCGGCGACUCUUCUAGAUGGCGGUCGUACUGCACAUUCUGCGCUUAAGUUGCCACUCAAUUUAAACACAAUUGAUACUCCAACGUGCAAUAUUUCCCGAUCCAGUGCAAUGGGAAAAUUGUUAAUGCAAUGCAAGCUCAUUGUUUGGGAUGAGUGCACAAUGGCACAUAAGAAAUCACUUGAAGCACUUAACUUCACACUGAAGGAUCUUCGGAGAAAUAACAACAUCUUUGGCGGCUUGAUGAUAUUGUUGGCAGGCGAUUUCAGGCAGACGUUGCCAGUAGUUCCCCGUGGAACGCCUGCAGAUGAAUUGAAUGCUUGCCUAAAGGCAUCACCUUUAUGGAAUAACGUAAAAACAUUAUCGCUAACCACUAAUAUGAGAGUUCAACUUCAAAAUGAUCAAAGUGCUGCACAAUUUUCCAAACAAUUGUUAGAUCUUGGAAAUGGAAAAGUCCCAGUUGAUGCGACAUCUGGAUUAAUUACUCUUACCAACGACUUUUGCCGAUUUGUAGACACUCAAUUAGUUCUUAUUGAAAAUGUUUUCCCAAACAUUAGUGAGAAUUAUAAGAAUUAUGCUUGGUUAAGUCAACGAGCAAUUCUUGCAGCAAAGAAUAAUGAUGUCCACGCACUGAAUUUCACCAUUCAAUCAAAAAUUGCUGGCGAUUUGGUGACAUACAAAUCCGUUGAUUCAAUAACAAAUCCCGAUGAUGUAGUAAAUUAUCCAGGAUUAUACCAGGAUUUCCACCACAUAACUUGCAACUGA